AUGAGCAGGCGCGACUCCGCGGAACAAAACUCGAAGCCCGUUUCUAGGUUAGGCACGCCGGAUCCCCGUUUCGACAAAUCCAACGGCGGAGAUGUGCCGAUACCGUUGUACCACAAACCGCGGGGCAAGCGGGAAGGCCUGAUCUACCGGCUCGUGGCGUUACUGCUGCAGCUGCGCCUGUCCUCCGCAUCCGUUGUUCUCUCUUUGCUGGCGAUUCUCCUCGUGUUGUUAGCGGUGGUCGGCCGGAGAGGGACCGAUGCGAGUUUGCAAUUUGGCGAUAACUUACUGGCGGGUAGUGAGGGCAUAGAGGUGAGGCCGACCGUCGCAGGUGACGCAGGCGACGCGGGAGAGAUGACGUGGAUGGAGGUGGAGCGGCUCGCGAGGGGCGGCGCGCGAGCGCAGGACCGGUUCGGGUUCGGAAGCCUGAAAGGCGACGGGGGGAGCGAGAAUGUUGAAACGCUCGCAACGAGCGGAGAGAAAGGUACGAGCGAGAAGGGCGAGACGGGCGAGGUGGUCGGGAGUAGCGGCAUUUCUGCGGUUGACUCGGUUGACUGGGUUGACUUCAAAAACUUGGUUGUUCACGCGGCAAUCGAUCUCCCGGACUUUAUCCUCGUCCUUCUGCGGCCACUGGCUCCAUCUAACCCGCCAAAAUCCGACGUGGCAGCUGGUUACACGGCCGCUGACGUGGCAGCUGCCGCUGGUAAUCGAUCUUCUGAGGAAGCCUCUAGCGGAAUUUUUAGGAACGCUCGGUUCGGCCGGGCUCGAGUGUCGCAGGAGCAGCUGGAGCGGAUAAAGGGGAUGGAGUGCAGCUUCGGGGAAGGCUCGCUGACUGCUCGCACGCGGGUGCUACAGGUGUCGGCUGAUGGGCUCGACGCUGUGGGCGACGUCGGCGACUUGAGCGACGUGAGCGAUGCGAGCGACGUGGGCGACGAAAGAAGCAGCAGCAGUGGGGGCAACAGCGAUAGCAGCAGGGACAGGGCGGAGGGGGCGACGGGGGGAAGCAGCAGGCGACGGUUGGCGACUGUAGGAGUGUCGCAGGAGCAGCGAGGGGACACCGGAGUGGGGAGGCCGCCGCCCCUAGUGUACGAUGCAGUGACGGUGCGGAGGCGGGAGAGGAAGGGGAGGGAGGGGAGGGAGGGGAGGGGGAGAGGUUAUGAUGGGAGGGAGGAGAAGGGAGAUACAGUGGAAGGGGAAGAGGGGGAGGAGAGGGAGGGGAGGGAGGGCGUGUAUCUGUUCGUGAGGGGCCUGCAGACCAACCCGCACCUGCCGCCUGUGCUGGCCAAUGUGACGUGCGUGUUUGGCGCGGAUGGGGGGAUUGGGGGGGCUGGCGCAGGAGGAAGCGGCGGCAAGGGCGAAAGGGGCAAUGAUUGGGGAAGUGUCAGUGAGGGGGCGGAGCAGGAGGGGCUCUUGCGAGUGCCGGCGCGGGCUGCUGCUAUGGAGGUGGUGUUCUGCCCUCUGCCCGCCUAUGUUGGUGCUGAUGGUGGUACUGCCAACAGCAGCAGCAGCGGCAGCAGCAGCAGGGACGGCACUGGGGUGGGUGCAGCAGGGAAGGUCGCAGAUUUAACCAUGCGGGCAGUGACGGUGGAGUAUGAGGGGCGGCUGUUCCCGUCUGUAGCGCUCUUUGACCCUGUUGACCCGUUUGACCAGCCCGAGGCGCCUCACGGGCAGCAGGAGGGGGGCGAAGGAUCCAACGGUCAGCAUAGCAGCGAUGGGAGUCGGUUUGGUGAUGUUUUGAAUACUGACAGUGCUGGUAAUGGCAGUAGUACGAAUGUGGGGACUAAACAGGAUGCGGGAGUGGAAGCAGCAGAGGAGGUGGGAGACAGCAUGGUGGGUCAAAGCGGACUGAAUGGGAUAGUGGGGAAUAAGAGGAGGAGGAAGGAGAAACCGCACUUUGUGUGCAUGUGCACGAUGAUUUUCAAUGUGGGUAAGUUUCUGCGCGAGUGGGUGGUAUACCACCACUGGAUGGGCGUGGAUCGGAUCUUCCUGUAUGACAACAACAGCGAGGACAACACGACAGCUGUCGUCGCCAGCCUGGCAGCGGACGGCGGCGCUCGGCUGGUUGUGGGCACGCCGGCCGGCCAGGCUGCGGCUGCGGUGGUGGCAGAGGCGGCAGCACCGGGAGGGGGAGGGGGAAAGGAGGGACGGUUAGGAGGGCUGGAAGGUGGCGCUAUGGCAGGAGGGGAGGCGGGGAUUGAGGGGGCGAAGUGGUGGGUGCGGGCGGGGUUUGUCGGCUCUACUCAGAACCAAAGCCACGGCGCAUCUCCAUCACUAGUAGAGCCUUCUUCCCCCUCCUCAGUCUCCUCCUCUUCCACCUCUUCGUCGUCCUCCUCCUCCUACUCCUCCUACUCCUCCUCCUCCUCCUCCUCCUCCGCCCCUCACUCUCACCCCUCCACUCCAGUGGUAACCGUACACCCGUGGCCGUGGAUCAAGUCGCAGCAGGCGGGGUUCUCCCACUGUGUGCUGCGGGCAGCGCGGCAGUGCGAGUGGGUUGGCUUCAUAGACGUUGACGAAUUCGUUGCCCCCAAGUUCAUCGCACAUAUCGCUGAGAAAAGGAAGGAUUUGGGGGAGGAGGUGCGGGAGAAGGGGGUUUUCAUUCCGCAUUUGCUGAGACGGGUGGUGAGGGCGAGUGAGAAGGAGAUUGAAGAGGUGGUUGCGAGGAAGGUGGGUGGGGAGGGGAAGGGAGGAGGGGAAGGGGGGAAGGGUGGGAGCAGGCGGAGGAGAAUGGCGGGUGGUGGCAGGCGGGAGGUGCGGGGUGGAGGGGAUGGGGAGGAGAGGCGGAUGGGCGGGGGUGUGAGGGAGAGAGAGGGGGAGGAGGUGCGAGGUGUGGCAGGAGCAGCAGAUGUGGCAGGUGCAAGGGAGAGUGGAGGCGUGGGGGGAGGUGUGGGUCGGAGACUGCUUGCUGGUGGUGAUAGGGGCCUCACAGAGCACCCCCAGCAGGGGGUCUCGGUGGGGUACACGUGCCGUGCGCGCAAGCCCGACCGCCACAAAUCGUUUGUGCGGCCCGAGGCCGUGGCGGAUUCACUGCUUUGCCACAUCCACCAGUUCGAGCUCAAGGAGGAGAAAUAUCGAAGUCAAGUGUUUUCCGGGAGGGUGCGACUGGCGAAUAUCAACCACUACAAGUUCCAGGUGGGUGGGUUGUGCUGUGCUCCUUGA